AUGCGCACUAAGAGAGAGAGAGAGAGAGAGAGAGAGAGAGAGAGAGAGAGAGAGAGAGAGAGGAGAGAAGAGAGAGAGAGAGAGAGAGAAGAGAGAGAGAGAGAGAGAGAGAGAGAGAGAGAGAGAGAGAGAGAGAGAGAGAGAGAGAGAGAGAGAGAGUUAAUAAAACGAGGAGGAACUGAAGAAGUGUAUAUGAAGUGUGGGAAUAGGAGGGACUUUGAACUUGAUUUGGAAGUGAUGUAUAUGAGAUCUUAGAAGACUAGCUUUUUACGCGCCAUUUGAUUUUAGAGUGUGCGGCAAGAAGAGGAGGGAACAAUCACGGAGUUUUGUUUAUUUUUUCUAACAGAAAUUCAAUUUUUCAAAAUUGGGCCUAUAAUUACUAAUUAUUAUUGGGUAUUAUUUUCGAGCCCAAAUUUUUUUUCAGGUAAUGUACACUAAUUGGUGGGAUCAUAAAUACAUAUACACUAUGAUAUAUACACUAUGAUGUAUUUAUUUGUGCACGUACUUUACAUUUAAACCCAUUUCAUUUUUUUUUUUCAAAAAAAAAAAACUCAUUUCUUUUUUGGCAUGACACUAAUGCCUUGAUUGGUAGAACAUUAACAUUACAACUAGCAUUAUGUUAUAGAAGCAGUAUGUUGCAUGAAUUAUUAAAAUUUGUAUAUAAUAUAUAAUAUAUUUAUUUUAGUGGAUAAAUUUCUAAUUAAAAACAUAUAUAAUGAAUUUAUUUUAUUUAAUAAUUUAAAAGUUAUGUUUAUAUCGAAAAUAUUAUUUUAAAAUAAAUGUUAUAAUUAAAAUAUCUAUUUUUAAAAAUAAUUUUUAACAUUUAAAAUAAAUUAAAUUAUAUAAAUUAAAUUAUAUCAUAUUUUAAAUGUGACAUACUAUUUAAAAAAUAUAUUUUUAUUGUAAAUUAGUUUUAAAAAUUAAAAUUUUAUUUUCUGGAUAAAAAAAUAGUUUUAUAAUAUUAUUAAAUAAAAUAAAUAAAUGAAUUAAUUAAUUAUAUAUUUUCAUUAAUUUUAUAAAUUAUAAAUGCAAAUGCUCUUCUAAAAGUUUCAUAUGAGAGCAUUGGCCGAAAAACAUUUGGAGAGCAUUAACAUUUAGUAAAUGCUUUUCUAACAAUUGUUGAUUGGAUAAUGUAGAGAAUAAUACUAAUGUUAAUGCUCUACCAAUCAAAGCCUAAUAAACAAUUUCUCAAUCAUCUAAAACUCGUGAUUGUGGUGCAAAAAUAAGCCCUCAUCUCAAGUCUCUUGUUCUGCAUUUAGACCCGGCUCAAAAGAUUGUUGGGCCCUUGGCAACAUGGACUAAAAUUUUUUUCCUACAUAAAUCUAUAUAGUAAAAAUGGAAAAAUUGCCAAAAUUAGAUGAAAACAGGAUAUUUGUUUCUAGGUAUAAUUUUUUUUGUCAAUUUUAUCCUUUCUAUUUUUUCAAAUUUAAUGAAAUAAAUAUUUUUAUGAUUUAAAAAAUUAUGAAAAAUAGAAACAAUCAAUGAAAUACCUAUAUACACAAACUCAUAUUUUUUGGGUUGAAAACCUUGUUAAAUAAAAAUUUUAAAUUAUGUUCUACGAAAAUUAGAUUUCAUCUUCUAGAAAAAAUGGCUUGAUAGAAAUCAAAUUCCAAGUUAGACAAGUUAAUUUACUUUCUCUCGAACUAAUAUUUUACUUUUAAAUAAAAUUCUAAAUACGAAGAAUUCAAAAUCUAUGUAUUGUAAAGAUAGCUACGUUUUUCUGAAUGCAACUGACAUUUGUGAACAAUUCUAAAAUUUUUAGGAAUACGAAAUCUGAACAUAAUUCAAAAGGCUACAUAUAGUAGAAUCUGCUUAUGAAAUUGUUGUUUGGUUUCUACGCUUACAUUUAACGGAGAAGAAAAUCUAAUUUCCAAAAAUUUUGAAAUUUCAGUUAUAAAAAUAUUUUAAAAAUAAUCUUCUAACUUUCCUAAAAUAUGUAGAGGCCAAUUUCUUUGUCAAAAAAUAAUUAAAAAUUGAUUUAACCUUUUCUUUUUCAUCAAACCAUGAUUUUUUUAUAGUUUUUCUUGUAAUUUUCACAAACUCUUCUUCCAUUAUGCAUAUCUAUACCACAUGCGGUGUAUAAGAAUCGUAAAACUCUUCUUCUUAUAUUAAUACACGUAUUGUUACAGGCUGAGAAAUGAUUAAUCAAAUCAUAAAGAAAUUCUCAUUUAAAAAAAAGAUCCUUCCCCAAAAUUAACAAUUUGCACGAGAAGACUAGCCAUAUUCUUAACACUGUUCAUAUUCAUACUCAUAUACAUCCAUGUUACUUCAUUAAACUUGUUCAAGAACCAAGGAAUCGACGAAUAAAAUUAGGCUUAGGUUUAAUUUGGAGAUUUUCUCCUGUUCGUCGUGGGAGAGAGAGGCGGAGUUUCCAAUUAAAAUUAAGAUUAUGUUUAAUUUAGGGAUUUUAGUUUAUUAUCUUUUAUAUAUAUAUUUUUGGUUUACGUUAAUAGGUUUAGAAUAAUUUAAAAUGUAAAUAUAAUUAUAAACUAAUUUAAACAAGGGUUAAUUUUAGGAUUUAAGAAAUAAAUUAUACUAUAAGAAUAAUUUCAGGGCGGACAGUCUUGCACGCAGUGCAUAAAAGUAAUCUUCUAUUGUUUUUCAUAUAUAUAUGCGGAACUACCAGUUUGGUUUGCAUGGUCUACAUGAUUCUGUUUAUGUUGCUGAUAAAAAAAAUACUAAAGGGAUAAAUAUUUUUUUUUUCAUUUUGUUUUGGCAAAUUUCUCUUUAAAAUUUUUUGGGCCCAUCUCUUUAAAUUGUUUUUACAAAAAUUGGUUCCUUUUUCAGUAAAAUUUAUACAAAACAAAUUGGGCCCUAGGUCCACGCCCACUGAAAAUAAGAUAGUUCUCUCACUAUCAUCCACUUUUAACUUUUCCAUUCGACUAAAUGUUAACUAAUUGUAUUUUAUUUUCAAAAUAAUAAUAAAACACACUUCACUAGCAGUCCAAAUGUACAUACAAUAUUCCCUCUACUUAUAACAGUAAAAUUUCAUCAUUUUUGAAGUGUAUCAAGCAGUCCUAUAUAUAUAUAUAUCAAUUCAGUUAUUAUUUAUUAACCAUACCAACAAAAUAAUUUUCAAUAUAAUUUUGUAUUACUAAUAAAUUAAGGAUAUAUGAAAUAUAUUGAUUCUUUUUUGUAUAAUUCAAAUCCUUUAUAUAUAUUUAUAACUGUUUUUUAUACAAUGCUAUAUUUUAUUUGUUUUUAUCAAUUACAUAUAUAUUUUGAAUUUAUAUUUUUUUAAAUUAUGAUUAUUAUUUUAAAUUACUCAAACCUCCAGUUAUCAAAUAGAAGUUAUGAAAUAAAUAGUAAUAUAUAUAAAAUUUUAUAUAAAUUAUUUUAAAUUUUAUAGUAUUUGGACCUUUUUUAUUUAGUUUUACCAUAUUUUUUAAACAAUUAGAUUCGCUAAAAUGAUAUUUGUAUUGUUAUAUCCGCUUGAUCCACUAGAUUCGUAACGGAUAUCCAAUAGAUUUAUAAUCUGCUUUUUCCAUUUAUAGUCUAAAUUUAUUUUCAUUGAAAUAAUAAAAGAAAUGAAAAGAUGACAGAGAAAAGCAACCACUACAAGAAAACACAAGAUUAACGAUGAAAAUUAACGAGGAAAACUGGUCCUCGUAAAUUUACGUUGACUUUACGAGAAUCUUACAAGGAAAUUUACAAUCAACGUUAGUUCGUCGUAAAAUAACGAGGAAACGAUUUCCUCGUAAAAACCACGCAAGGUAACUUCGUUUUUACGAUGAAAAACUGUUUCCUCGUAAGCUCGACGUAAAAGUAGCAUCUUCUUUACGAGGAAAUAGUUUACAUUUACUUAACGAAGAAUUUUCGAGUCCACCCACUUUGUAAUUGUAACACGUUUUUUGUUUCGGCUACCUUACUAAAUUCCACAUAAUCACGAGUAAUGAAAAUGAUGAUGUUUCUGGUGAUGACGAAAAUGUCGAUGUAUCUGACUGAUGUAUUUGUGUUUUAAUAUGACUGAUUUUCAGACUUAAUCCAUGUGAUUUGAUGGAUUUAAUCAUGAAAAUCUAUUUAUAUAAUUUAAUUUUAUGUGAUGGGGUUUGAAUUAGAAAGAAGAGAUUGAGAUUAUUAGUUAAGGAAUUGUGGUUUUAGAAUUUGGGGUUUAGAAUGGAUAGAAGAGAUUGAGGUUAAAGGGAGGAUGGGGUUGGGGUUGGGGUUUGGGGUUUCGGAUUUUAGGGAUUUAAACGUAAACAUAGUUAUUUCCUCGUAAAUUAACGAGGAACUUACGACGAUUCUUAAAAAUAAAGAACGCGGCACUCGUUAAUUCCACGUAAGCAGAAAUCGUCGUAAAGACCUCAUAAUAAAAAAACGAUGGCCUCGUUCAUUCCUCGUAAAAAUAAAAGCGGGCCUCGCUAAUUCCUCGUAAAUUAACGACGAUGUAACGAGGAAACGAAACGGGAAUAAAUUGGUUUGCCGUGAUCAAAGUUACACCUCGUGGACAAAUCAUCAGUGGAGAAGAACCACCAUUGCAAGAAGAACAGAUAGAUGAAGUUGAGGUACCUGAACAACAAAUUGAUGACAUCCUUCUCAUUGAUCCGCAUAAUCAUGAGUACGAAGAUAUUACUGACGAUGCCACGGACGAAGCUGUUGAAGACGAGUUUAAUGAAAAUGAUGAUGUUUCUAGUAAUGACGAGAAUGUCGAUGUAUCUGAUUGAUGUAUUUGUGUUUUAAUAUGAUUGAUUUUCAGAUUUAAUGCAUGUGAUUUGAUGGAUUUAAUCAUGGAAAUCUAUUUAUAUAAUUUAAUUUUUGUAAUGGGGUUUGAAUUAGAAAGAAGAGAUUGAGAUUAUUAGUUAAGGAAUUGUGGUUUCAGAAUUUGGGGUUUGGAAUGGAUAGAAGAGAUUGAGGUUAAAGGGAGGAUGGGGUUGGGGUUUGGAAUAUAUGAAGUAGAAGAUAAGGAAGAUAAGGAAGAAGGGGUUUGGGGUUUCGGAUUUUAGGGAUUUAAACAUAAACGUAGUUAUUUCCUCGUAAA